CAGUCUUCAGUCGCUUUUAGCAUGAAGGGACUCAUCCUGGCCCUGGUGCUCGCCCUUGUGGGGGGCCAGAAGCAGGACCUCGAGCCUGUUUUUCAUACCGGCAAGACCUACCUGUAUGGCUACGAGAGCUUCAUCCUGCACGGGCUGCCCAGCAGAGGCCUGGCAAUGGCGGGGGUGAGGCUGACCUGCAAGCUGGAGAUCAGCCAUGCGUCUCACAGCAACCACCUUCUCCAGAUUCGAUCACCAAAGCUGGAGGAAUACAAUGGCUUCUGGCCCACGGACACCUUCACUCCAUCUUCAAGGCUCACAGAGACCAUCACUGCAUGUUUCAGCCAAGCCUUUAAGUUUGAAUACACUGAGGGAAGGGUUGGAAGUAUUUUUGCCCCUGAGGACUGUCCCAUCCUAUGCACUAACCUAGUGAGAGGGAUUCUGAACAUGAUCCAGAUAACCAUCAAAAAGUCACAAAAUGUGUAUGAACUACAGGAGGCUGGAAUUGAAGGCAUCUGCCAAACCAGAUACGUUAUACAGGACGACGGCAAGAAUAACCGUGCCACCAUUUCCAAAAGCAAGGACUUGACGAACUGCCAGGAGAAAGCGGUGAAGAACAUGGGAAUGGCGUACAUCCGCCUCUGCCCCACCUGCCCCCUGAAAGCCAGAAACAUUAAGGGCACAGUGAUGUUCACUUACAAGAUGAAGUAUGAUGGCAGUGGGGCCUUGAUGACGUCUGCUACGUCCGAGCAGGUGUACCAGAUCUCACCCUUCAAUGAACCCAACGGGGCAGCAAUCAUGGAGGCAAGACAAGAACUGUCUUUGGUUGACAUUAAAAGGACUCGCAUCAGUGCACCAAAAACUCAGCUGCAAAACCAGGGGAGUCUUCGUUAUCAUUUCUCAGGAGAGCUAGUCCAGAUGCCAAUUCCUCUAAUAAGGAUUAAAAAUCCAGAUUUACAGUUAACAGAAACACUGCGGCAAUUAGUUCAGAAUAACGAGGAAGGAGCCACUAAAGAAGCCUCAGCCAAGUUCUUACAAAUGGUCCAGCUUUUUCGUAUAGUGACCCUUGAUCAAAUUGAGUCUUUGUGGGUGCAGUUUGCCAAUGACCUUCCCUACAGGCACUGGUUCCUGAGUGCCAUCUGUGCUGCUGGAGCUACUGACACAUUCAGAUUCCUGAAGCAAAAAAUUCAUGAUGAGAAGCUGAACAUCUGGGAAGCAGCUGCGACUCUCCCUCUCGCCUUCCAUUUCGUUACACCCAACAAGCAAACCCUAGAAGUCGCCUCAACUUUUCUGACCUGUCCCCAAAUCCAGAAAGCACCAAUGCAUCGAAUAAUUGUUUACCUGGGAUACGGUAGCAUGGUAAAUAAAUACUGUGCUCAGACUUCACUUUGUCCAAAUGAACUUCUUCAGCCUCUCCAUGACCUUGCUACUGAAGCCACCAGCAAAGGUGAUGCCAAAGACAUGGCCUUGGCCCUGAAAGCCAUUGGCAAUGCAGGGGAGCCGGCCAGUAUCAAACGCAUCCUGAAGUUUUUGCCAACAUUCUCCCUGGCUGCAGCUUCAUUACCAAACAGAAUUCAUGCGGAUGCCGUGUUGGCCUUGAGGAAAAUUGCCAGAAAAGACACUGCAAAAGUAAGGGAGAUCUCUCUCCAGGUCUUUAUGGAUAACACACUUGCUCCUAACGUCCGAAUGGUGGCUUGUGUCGUCCUCUUCGAAACUAAGCCUGCUCUUCCAACUGUAACAGCUAUGGCCAGCUCGCUGCUGACGGAGCCCAGCUUACAAGUAGCCAGUUUCACAUACUCACACAUGAAGGCUUUGGCAGUAGGCAGGAUCCCACAGCUCUAUCAUCUAUCUGCUGCUUGCAACAUUGCCAUUAAACUACUGAGCCCCAGACUUGACAGGCUGAGCUAUCGUUACAGCAAGGUCAUUCAUGUCGGCGAUUAUUCCUCUGAAUAUCAGGCUGGUGCCAUUUGGAGGGUCUAUCUAAUGAACAGUCCCAGCACCAUGUUUCCAUCCGAUAUAAUCACAAAAGUAAGAGGAUAUUAUGCAAAUACUGCAACGGAUAUUAUUGAGGUAGCUCUCCGGUCACAAAGCCUAACCAAGCUUAUCAGGAAGCAGAAUAUUCCCUUUGCGGAGUAUGAUACAUACAAGACACUGAAGGAGCUCGGGAAAACGCUUCUGGGAUGGAAAGAACUGCCUCCCGAAGACCCUCUGGUGUCCGCUUACGUCAAAGUAUGGGGCCAAGAGAUCGCCUUCGUUGACGUUGAUAAAGAUGCCAUUCAGCAGACCAUGAUGAGUCUAACUGGAUCAUCAAAUUGGCAGCCAGUGGUGAAAAAAGUGGUGGAAGAGGUCCAGCGAGGCAUUUCAGGCCGAUGGACCCUGCCGGCAAUGGUGGGCGAGCUGCGGCACAUUGUCCCCACGGUGGUUGGCAUGCCGCUGGAGCUCAGUCUGUGCGGCGCCACGCUGGCCCGGGCUGCAGCCGACGUGAAUAUACAGAUAUCACCACCAUUGUCUGACAAUUUUAGACCUUCACAGUUGUUGGAAACCAACAUGGAUAUACGUGCUGACAUCAAGCCAAAGGCAUAUUUUCAUAUGAUUGCAAUGAUGGGAAUUAAUACACAAUACUUUCAGAGUGGUCUUGAGUUUCAUGCAGAGUUCAGUGCCAACACUACAAUGAAAUUUGAUGCCAGGAUAAAUAUGAAAGAGAAAAAUUUGAAGAUUGAAACCCCUCCCUGCCGCCAGGAGGUUGAGCUCGCAGCUGUGAGGAGUGAAGUUUAUGCUAUUUCAAGGAACAUGGCAGAAGUAGAUUCCGAAAAGAAAUCCCAGCUUCUCCCCGAAGGAGAAGUACCAAGUAUCUCUGACCAGCCAUUACAGCCAUCAGAAAGGUCUUCAAGACCUGGCAGCUGGAAGCAAAGCAAUAUUCCUAGUGUGAUAUCCAAAGGAUACCAGCAAGGUUCAGAAGAGGCACAUAACCACAGUGUAGGAGGAAGAUUUUACGUACACAUCUUCUGCAGAAAAUUUGAGAGUUUGGGAUGUUCUGCUUGUCUCAACCUGAAGUCACGAAAUUCUGCUUUCUUAAGAAAUACCUAUGUGCACAAAUUAGUUGGACAACUUGAAGCCAGAAUAGUUUUGAAGCCAGUUCAUACAGAUGCUGAUAUUGACAAAAUACAGCUGGAGAUUCAGGCAGGAUCCAAAGCAGCUUCCAAAAUAACUGAUGUAGCAAGCUCAGGGCCUAAGGAAGAAGAUGAGACAUCUCUGUACGAGGACAUUCAAGCUAAACUGAAGAAGAUUCUAGGCAUCGAAAAUGUGUUCAAGGUCACAAAUAAAACACGGCACCGUAAGAAACGGAUUCACAGAAAAGACAAGAGUGCAGUUACAGACCUCUGGGCAGAGCCCAGGGCAACCCCCCUCUCCAGUUCAUCCUCUUCCUCCACUGCUUCCUCUGCUGAUGGUAAAGAGCGUGGAAAUGAACACAAGAAAGAUGAAAUAAGGCAAUCUGGGAAGAAGCAUGGCAGCAGCAGCAAGAGCAGCAGCAGCAGGAGCGGCAGUGGCAGGAGAAGCAGCAGCAGCAGUGUCAGCUCUGCUAGCAGUAAAAUCUGCAGCAGCAACAGAGAAGACCACCCUGGAGACAGGCACUGCAGCGGGGACAGUGAAUAUUCCAACCAACAGGCAAAUCUACCCGUCUACCAGUUUUGGUUCAAGCCAGCAGAUGAACAGGACCCAGGAAGGGAAGUCCUCAACAGCAGCAUCAGCUCCUCCUCUUCUUCAGCUAGUGAUGAAGGCAUCUCUAGAGCCACGUCUCAGCCUAAAUUCUUGGGAGACACCAAGCCACCAAUACUGGCUGCGGUCCUUCGUGCCAUCCACAGAAACAAGCAGCUGACAGGAUUACAGCUUGUACUGUACACUGAUACACAACCCACGAGAUCGAGGAUACAGAUGUUUGUUUCAAGCAUCACAGGAUCAAGUAGAUGGAAACUCUGUGCUGAUGCUUCAGUAAUAAAUUCCCAUAAAGUAUCGGGUUCUCUUAAAUGGGGUGAAGAUUGCCAGGACUACCAGAUUGCUGCUGAGAUUGCAACAGGGCAAUUUGCUGCUUAUCCAGCUAUGCAGAUGAAGCUGGAGUGGCCAAAAGUACCUUCAAUAGUCCGAACAACUGCAAGAUGGUUCUACUCAUUUCUUCCAGGAGCUGCAUAUGUGCUUGGGUAUUCCCAAAGGCAACAGCAUGGUCCCUCUCACCAGGCAACCUUGGUUAUGGCUCUGACAUCUCCAAGAACCUGCGAUGUGGUCCUCAAGCUACCUGAGCUCACAAUUUACGAUAGAGCCAUGAAGCUUCCCCUGCCAUUCCCUUCAAGUCCAGGUACACCGAUUUCAACAUUACCAUCCCCUGACCGGAAUGUCUUUUCCCAAGCAACACUUUCAAUCAUUGAAAACCUUAAAGCUCAUUGUUCAGUUUUCCAAAAUACGAUCACAACCUUCAAUGGAGUUGAAUUUAACUAUUCAAUGCCUGCAAAUUGCUACCAUGUCUUGGUGCAGGACUGUAGUCCAGAACUGAAAUUCCUGGUGAUGAUGAAAAGACUUGAAGAGUCUGCUGACCUUACAGCAAUAAAUGUCAGACUCGCCAGCCAUGAGGUUGACAUGUGUGUUUCCAAUGGACUCAUCCAGUUGAAGAUUAAUGGUGUUCAAGUCCCAACAGAUGUUCCAUACACAUCUAAUUCUGAUGCAAGCAUGCUGAUCAGCAGUGAAAAGGAAGGCCUGUCACUAAAAGCCCCAGAUUAUGGCAUAGAUAAACUAUAUUAUGAUGGGCAUAGACUUGAGAUUCAGGUUGCUUUCUGGAUGGCUGGAAAAACAUGUGGUAUUUGUGGAAAAUAUGACGCUGAGAAGGAAAGGGAAUAUCAAAUGCCCAGUGGAUAUUUAGCUAAAGAUGCAGUGAGUUUUGGUCAGUCCUGGAUCAUCUCAGAAGACCCCUGUGCUGGAGCUUGUAAGCUGCAGCGCAAAUUUGUCAAAAUUGAGAAGGCAGUUGCAUUUGAGAAGAAGGCAGCAAAGUGCUUCUCCAUGGAGCCAGUUCUACGCUGCGUAGAAGGCUGUUCAGCAACCAGGACUGUCCCCGUCUCCGUGGGCUUCCACUGUGUACCAGUUGACUCGUCUCUCAACCUGGAAGGACAGACUAGGCUAGACCAGAAAUCCGAGGAUGUCGUGAGCAUGGUUUCUGCCCAUACGGCGUGUUCCUGUCAACAACAGCCGUGCCGCGCGUGA